AUGGAUCAAAGCCAUGCCGCCGGCAUUAGCGGCUGGGAUCCGAACAACUUUGCUGGCGAAGCCUGGGACCACCAGUUCAGUGGCGGCGGCCUCCCAUUCAACCAUGGCGCUGAUGCCGACAGUAACUACCCCAACCCAGACUUCCUCGACGGCAGCACCGUCAACCCGCAGCUGUCCGGAGGCGGUCACCAGGCCGGAUUGUAUCGUGGGUUUGACUACUACAGUCAAGGCGAUGUCUGGCCCAAUCACGCCCAAACCACGGCUGCCACGUUCGCUCCGGAUCCUUCGUUGCAGCCAGGGUUCUUCGCCGAGCAGCAGCAUCCCACGGACGCCAACCAGUCAGUCGAUGGCCGAUUUUCCCUCGACAUCCACCAGCACAGCAAUGAUUUUCCGGCCCAGAUUCAUAGUAGUGCCAAUGGACAGGCCGAAUCCCAUCAUCCGUUCGGCCAUGGAGUAACGAACCCUUCCAGCUCUACACCAAAUGGUUAUUCCCAAGGCGCAAUCCCACAGUGGCAUGAACAAAUGCCGACGGGGUAUGGAGCUGGCCACCAGUUUGAGAACCCUCCUUCUGCUGCGCACACAUCCAACAUGGCUGCUUCGAUGUCCGAAGCCUCUCCCUCCGCCUUUUUCCCGAGCACUUCAUCGAUACCGGGGUAUCAGACGGAUGUGCAGCAGCAACCCCCAAGUGCACGGCCCGUCCACCCCCAAUUGGCAGCGGCUCUCAACGGACAGUCUCAGCAGCCUGUCACUGUAACGGAUAGCCCGCGUGCCCCUGCGAAGCCGGUUGCGCGCAAGGUCGCGCCGCAGGAGUUCUCUCAGCAAGCUCCAUUGCCGAGUCCCCAGCUAGCUUCCCAGCGCCUUAUACCUCAGCAGCAGCCGGUUCAACGAUCGAUUCAACCAUCGGCCCAUCAACCGUCUCAGCAACCUCCUCUUCAGUCUGCGCUUCAGCCUUCUCCUCAGCCCGCUCCACAGCCGAGCACCGGCCACCGUGUACCCUCUCAGAAACCGAUCACUCCAGCCCAGGCAGCCCAGCAGCCCUCAGGUAACAACCUCGCUGCAGGUGUGAAGCGCAGCCCCACGUCAGAAGCUCAAAGCGUCCCGGUUGUUGCGAAGAGAGCCAAGGUAGUCGCACAGGGCCCUGUCCGCGUCUCUUCACCGGCGCAGACUCAGUCCCAGACUGUGUCCGACCCUAACACCGUUCCAUCCGCCGCACAGACUCAAUCUCAGCCCGGCUCGAACUCUUUAUGCAGCAUUAACUACAAGGAUGAGGCGCUCCUCUCUUCGGCUCGGGGACGUCCGGAGGCGAAAUGGAAGGGAGUGCCCAAUCUUGUCCUCGGUUCGGCACCUGUGAAGCUGCAAAAGGGAACGCCUACUAAGCGUUACGUGACCCUGACAACGAAGGGCGGCAAAGACCCGUUGUUCUCCAAAGCUUGGCGGGCGUGGACUCCGGCUGAGUGUCUUGGAAACCAUGCGGAUGCGUACCAGAAGGCGUCGAAUGACCUGGAUCGCCAACGGGCUGAUAUACGUCUUGAAAUCGAUAUGAAGCGUGCCGCUGGCGAAGUUCCGGCCGACUGGUGGAGGAAAAUUUUGAGGGAUCGCUUGGGCGCGGCGCCGCAGCAACUUGGUCCUCCGGCAGAGCCUGAUUUGUCGAGCAUCAAGGCCGCUGAAAUUGUUCGACUUCAUCCUUUUCACCUUGGCAACCGGCAGGUGACCGGUCAAGCUUGCAGCGAGUUUGCCGACUUUCUCAGAGAGAAGGCUGGUGAGACCAAGACUGCUCUGACUGCUUUGGCAGAUGCCUUAAAGAAGGCCAAGGUCGACCAGGCUGAGGUCGACUCCUUGAGGGCCCAAGCCGAGCAGUCCAAAGAACAGCUAGAGCGUGCGAUUACCGAGGGACUCGGAGCCGAACCCGGCAACUUGCUUGCGAACUUGACUGGCAAUAACAAGCUUGUUGCGAUUGUGAACAACGUGCUCAUCAAGCUAGUCAACGCGAACCAAGCGAGUUCGACUUUGACGAAAGCGAUCCUUCGCCUGUAUACUCGCCUCGCCAGCUUCACGCCGGAAACGCUAGAGAAGUUGCUGUUGGGUAGGAUGAGAAAAAAGUUGGAGAAGGAUGGGGAUGCUGAGGCGAAGGCCUUGAUGUCCCAGGUGUUUGAAAAAGCCGAGCAGAAGGACGAUGAUGAGAGUGACAGCGAGAGUGAUUCGCCGGGUGCAGGGUUCGGUGGCCAUCGAAGGAAAGUUGUCGCAUCUGCGCAGACCCGGGCUCCUUCAAAACAGACCCGUCAGGCUGGCGACUCAACGAAGACGGCCACCGCUUCCGCGAUGAAAUCGGCCACCCCGACAGGCGACUCCACUAAACUCUCGUCCGCAUCCGCGGCAUCAAGAAAUAUGAUAUCUAACAACGAAUCUUCCAAGGCCGCACCGAAGGCAGCUCAAAAGACACCUUCGACUGCGACCGGGGGAAAACGGUCCCGCGAAGACGACGACGCCGCCAACGUCGAUGCGCGCUCAUCCAAGAAGCCCGCAACUGACGGCCCGUCUGGCAGCGGUGCAAAGGCAACCUUGCCACUUGGGAAAACGCCCUCCACAAAGUCCACCACGGCCGCUCUGGCGUCUGGCUCGACCGGCUCUCAGACAAAGCUGCGGGGUUUCCUGCCUGGCAAAGUGCGCGAAGUACCAAAACCUGCACCCAAGCCGGAACCUGUAAAGGCCGAAGGGCAAAAAGGUGCGACUAAACCAGAGUCGACCAAACCGCAGCCCACAAAGUCUCUCUCACUUGCUUCUGGCUCUGGCACUGCGAAGACAGCCAAACCCAAGCCUGAGGAACCGACCAAGCAGGCCUCGCAAACCAAGUCAGCCUUCUCUAUGUUGAUGGACGAGAUUGUCGAAGAGAAGACAAUCAGGACGACGACUAUUGACAAGAAAAAGGACAACGGCCCUGAUCCGAACGAGACGCCCAAGGAGCGGGAACGCCGCCUUCGCAAAGAGAAGCGCCGCGGUCUUAGGGUCGCUUUCAAGAGCGGUGACGCACUGGUCGAGAUUCGUGAGUUUACGCGCCACCCCGACGAGAUUGUCGAAGGGAACAUGGCGCGCAACGCCAGGACCGACGGCCGGUACAAGAACAGCGAAGAAAGCGAGAUGAUGAAGCGGCUCCACGGCGGCCAAGGCAUUAAGACAUUUGAGGUCAACGACCGCGAGUGGGAGGAGCCGACUGCCAUCAACUUCUCGAGCCACAUCCCGCAGGAAAAGAGGGAACAGACAUAUGCCACUCGUGGCGGGCUCAAGACUUUCGAGACCGAGGAACAAAAGAUCAUCAGGGAGCGCGAGUCGAAUGAGCUGAUGGUCAUCUACCACAACCGCGCCGACAUUCCGCCCUCCGCAAGAUCGCCACCUUACGAGCCGUCGCUUUCCGGGACUAGCGGGAGCCAUGAGGUGUACCUCCCGCCCACGGUGCCCGAGUAUAACGAGAUGAUCCAACGCGGCCGGGAGUACAGUCAAUGGGGUCCUUACGGUGCCUCUCGCGCGGCCCAGAUGCGCUUAGAUGGAAAGGGCCGUCUUGACUAUGCCGCCCCGUACAGUGGGCAUGCUCUUCGCCAGCCCGAAGCCCGCCCUCAGCAACCCAUUGUCCAUCCCGCUGAGGAUCCGCGAAUCUGGUACGAGCCUACCGUGGCUGCCCGGCGAGACCAACAGACGUGCGAGCUUCUCACGUCGGACCGGGUCAGGAACUGGCAAGAUCCCGAUCCGAACAACCUGACGUCCCGUAGGAUGACCGAGGAAGAGUUGGACAAUGACCCCAAACUCCAAAAAAUCCUCGCCGGUCUCCGGAAAACCGCCGAGCAGGUGCAAGCCGAGGCCGCGAUGCGGGAGCAGGCCGAACCGGCUUCCGAGGCGACACCGGCGCCCCAGCCCACACAGCAAGAGGCUCCUCAGCCGGCUGCCGUCGCCGCGCAGAGCGUUCAGGCUGCUGCACCUGACUACUCGGCCGCUUGGGCACAAUACUACGCUGCGCAGCAGCAGCAUCAACAGCAGGCCUGGUAUGGCCAGCCGCAGCAGCAUCCGUACGCCCAGGCCGCCAACCACUACAUGCAAGCCCAACAGGUUUCCCAAGCGGCUGCGCAACAGCCGCAGCCCGGCGACCAGAACAACCAAUAUGCGGGCAUUCUCGCUGCAUUCGGCAUCCAGCAGCCCGCUGCAGCCCAGCCUCAUGCCGACCAGAAUGCUCAAAUCCAGGCUGCCUUGAUGGCCCUCGCCGCUGGCACUACUGCCCAAGGUCAGGCCGCGGCCACGGCUCCUGUCCCAGCAGCCGCCGACCCACAGAGCGCUCAAUAUCUACUGGAUGUGAUGAAGCUGGCGGCAGCCGGUGGCGGUCAGAACCAGCCCCAACAACCCGCCGCUGCCCACCACGCCUACCAGCAGUAUUUUAGCCAGGCUGCUGCCGCCGCCGCUCAAGGCUACGGCUCCUCCGACGGAUACGGUCAUGGACACGGACAGGGACAACAAGGAGGAGGUUAUGGCCAGCAACAGCAGCAGCAGCGCGACGGCGGUUACGGCGGGCGUGAUCGUGAUCGUGAUCGGGACCGCGAUCGUGGUGAUGGUAGGGAUCAUCACCGCGGCGGCGGCGGCGGGGGGUUCAACAAGGGCGGUGGCCGCAGUGGCAACGGCGGCGGUGGCGGCAAGAAUAACGACAACGUCCCUGAGCAUCUGCGUGGUAUCAAGAGCAGCCUCAUCGGCACCAAGCCGUGUGCGUUUUACGCCAAGGGGCAGUGUGCGAAGGGGGAUAAGUGUACUUUCCGCCAUGAUUGA